ACUUGAUCUCGAGCUAUAUAUCUCAAGUACUGAUUGUCUAGAUACCCCCAUUUAGAAAGAAAAUGUCUGAAGCAAUUAUAUCAUCUGCAGAAGAACCGCAGGCAGUGAAUGCCUACGGAUGGGCUGCUAGAGAUUCCUCUGGAAUUCUCUCUCCCUUCCACUUCACCAGGAGGACUACUGGUAGGAAUGAUAUCAGCAUGAAGAUACUUUACUGUGGCAUUUGCCACUCAGACCUUCACUUUGCUAAGGACGAAGUUGCAAUGACCAUCUAUCCCCUUGUCCCAGGACAUGAGAUUGUCGGGGAAGUGACCGAAGUCGGGAGCAACGUCACGAAAUUUAAAGUUGGAGACAUAGCCGGAGUGGGGUGCAUGGUGGGUUCAUGUGGUUCGUGCGGUAACUGCACACGAGACUUGGAAAAUUACUGUCCCAAAAUGGUAUGGACCUACAACAAACACUACCAUGACGGAUCGAUAACUUUCGGUGGAUACUCCGACAAAUUUGUAGUCGAGGAGCAUUUCGCAGUACGAAUCCCAGAUAACUUGCCAUUGGAGGGUGUUGCACCUAUGCUUUGUGCUGGCAUUACGGUGUACAGCCCUAUGAGACACUUUGGACUACUUGAGCAUGGUAAGCACUUGGGUGUGGUAGGGCUUGGGGGCCUCGGUCAUAUGGCAGUGAAGUUUGCCAAGGCUAUCGGAGCAAAAGUGACUGUGAUCAGUACAUCUCCAAACAAGAAGAAGGAAGCAAUGGAACAACUUGGUGUUGACCAUUUUCUGAUCAGUCGCAACCAAGAGGAAAUGCAGGCUGCCAUGGGUACAUUGGACGGUAUCAUCGAUACGGUUUCAGCUCCUCAUUCUCUCACGCCAUUGGUUGACUUAUUAAUGACGGAUGGAAAGCUAAUCUUGGUGGGUGCUCCGCUCCAACCACCUGAGCUACCGGUGUUUCCUUUGAUACUUGGGAGAAAGUCUAUUGCCGGGAGUGCAACUGGGGGAAUGAAAGAGACUCAAGAGAUGAUAGAUUUUGCAGCAAAGCAUAAUAUCACAGCUGAUGUUGAAGUCAUUCCUAUGGAUUAUGUGAACACUGCUUUUGAACGAGUUGCCAAGGUAGAUGUUAAGUACCGAUUUGUCAUUGACGUCGCAAACACCAUGAAUUCUCCAUAUUGAGUUCUGAUCUUCCAGCUUAUUCACUUGUAGGUCUUAUUUGGUAAUAAGUUAAGUGAUGUAAAAUCUGAAAUAAGGACUUUGGAGAGCAUAUCUGCUGACAAUGUCUAUGUUCACGACUUCACAUGAGUUACGUGACGUGUGAGUACGUGUCCAUGUAUGAUGUACGAAUUAUUGAGUGUU